ACGAGAAUAUGAGAUAGCUCAUAUUCUGCAUGGUAGGCAGGUUAUAGCUAAGGGCUGAUCCUCUGGCUGUAUAUAUACCCUGCUCAGGAACACUUCGAUCAUAGGUCCUCCUCUGGGAAACUUGAAUUCCACUUCUGACGCCAGUGUUGCACGCCACCCCAAUCUCUUAGCAAUGUGGCAUUCCAAGUGUUCCAGGCGCUUUCCCCUAGGGUUUGUGUUUUCUUUUGGAAUGAGGCACAGCAGAGACUGGUGUCUUUAUGAUGUAUGGUUCAUUUACACAUAUACACAACCUGAGCCUACAAGGGAGCAUUAACACCCCAGAAGUGUCUUGUUUCUCCCAUAGCCACAGCCUUGGGAUUCAAACAGAAAUAAAGCAUUGCUUGCAUGACUGCCAGGUCCAAAGAAAUGCUUGAGUUUAUGCUCCAUUAGUAAGACACAAUCAUGAACAACUUGUAGAAAGGGUGGAUCUCCAAUGUCUGAAAAUUCAGAUGGUGUGUAAAAAGAAGCAAUGCAAGAAAGAAAGAAGAGGUCAGCCUCUGGUCAAUUUUUGGUACAAAUAUCUGAUUAACCCCUUCACCUUUUCUGAUUAAGCUCCCGUAAUAGCAACCUUUUCCUGGAUUAUUCUUCCCCGUUCUUUCCAUUCCCUCUUUGUAUCAUUGAAGCUUUAAAGGCUUCUAAAUGGGUCUGAGAUCAGAUUAGAAGGCUAUAAUUGGCUUGGAAAGAUCUCCCCCAGUGCUGCUUAACAUGAUUUGGAUGUCUAUUGUGAAAACAGAAGGGAGCCAGGAGCCGGUCCUGUAGCAACCACCAGUGGGAGAGGGCGGCUGCUGCUGCUGCUGAGGGUCUCCCCGUGGUCCACCUCCACACAGAAUGGGAAGCAAUGGCAGCAGGACACUGGAUGACCUGCAGACCUUGGAGAUUCACCACUGGUACAAGAAGUUCAUGACGGAGUGUCCCUCUGGGCAGCUGACGGAGCAUGAAUUCAAACAUUUCUUUGGACUCCGAGGCCUGGACCCAGAGGCCAACCAAUACAUUGAGCAGAUGUUCCACACCUUUGAUAUGAACAAGGAUGGCCAUAUUGACUUCAUGGAGUACGUGGCUGCCCUCAGCCUUAUCCUGCGAGGAAAGAUGGAGCAGAAGCUGCGCUGGUACUUCAAGCUCUACGAUGUGGAUGGAAACGGCUGCAUUGACCGCAGUGAGCUGCUCAAUAUCAUCCAGGCAAUCCGUGCCAUCAAUGGCUGCGACCACGAGACGAGCGCAGAGGAAUUCACCAACCGUGUCUUCAACAGGAUUGAUGUCAACGGCGACGGUGAGCUAUCUCUGGAGGAGUUCAUCGAAGGCGCGAGGAAAGACGAGGAGUUCAUGGAAGUGAUGAUGAAGAGCCUGGACUUGGAUCACAUUGUGUCCAUGAUCAACAGCCGGCGGCGAAACAGUGUCUAGCGGCUGGGCAGGGAUACAGGGGAGGAAGUGAGCUUCCUCAGGUGUUGGAAGCAGCAGAGAAUACCUGGAGGAGGAGGAGGAGGAGGAGGAAUCCCGGAGGGUAGAUGCGUUUGGUGGAAGGGGAGCAAGGUGCAUUUGCAGAACAAGCAAAAGAGCAUGACCUGAAUGGAUAAGUGGUCCACAGGCCAUUUUCUCCCCGUUCAUCUGCUCUCCCGACUGCCUAGACGUGGGAGGUUAAGCCAGUCUGUCCUCAGAACCACAGGCUGGGCGUGGGGCCUCCUAGUUUUAUGAACACAGCACACUCUGUAUGCACUG